GCCAAUGAGAGGAUGGAGCCGGGGGAACUAUCUCGCGCAUUCCAAAUGUUCGACCGUGACGGCGAUGGGAAGAUCACUAAGGAGGAGUUUAGUGAUUCCUUGACAAAACUAGGUAUGCCAAUUCAAGACAAGGAGCUCGUCCAGAUAAUAGAGACCGUCGACGUGAAUGGGGACGGAUACGUGGACUUGGAGGAGUUCGGGCAGUUGUACGGGAUGUUGAUGGAGGAGAAGGGUGACAAGGAGGAGGAAUUGAGGGAGGCGUUCAAAGUGUUCGACCAGAACGGUGAUGGCUACAUCGAGGUGGAGGAGCUGAGGGCGGUGUUGCAGUCGUUAGGGUUGAAGCAGGGGGGCACGAUAGAGGACUGCAAGAUGAUGAUUAUGAAGGUGGACGUAGAUAGGGAUGGGAGGGUGGACUACAUGGAGUUCAAGCAGAUGAUGGAAGGUGGUGGCUUUUCUAUCUUGAGUUGA